AAUCGUAAAUUUUAUCAACAUUUUGUUGUAGUGCUUAUUAUUUCAUAUAAUAUCUCGAAUAUCGAUAAUACGAGUACGUUACUUCGCUGCAAUCAAAAAUAAAUAACAAACGUUUUUAUCUAUGAACUUUUACACUUUAUAAAAUUAGAAGGCUAAUAGGAUUAAGCUUCAUCUUAUAAAUAUAUCUUUAAAUUUUGUACUAAAUUUACUGGUGAACUGGUAGAGAAUGCAUCUUUGGCAUUAAGUCCGCCAUUUAUCUAUUACACUAGGUAAUUAUGAUUCAAUAAAUAAAUAUAACAAUUCUGUUUUGCCAGGUUAUGGAUGGGGUAUACGCCACUUACAAAUUGCCUGCAUGACACUGAGCACCAUUUGCUUGUUCAUAGUGCGUGCAAGCAUGAGCGUAGCGGUACUGGCCAUGUCAGAUAUUAAACGAUAUAACGGCACAAAUAUUGAAGUCUUUAAUUGGGAUAAGAAAACGCAAAGCAUAAUACUAUCUUCUUUCUUCUGGGGCUACCUUGUAAUGCAAAUACCAGCUGGCAUUUUAGCGAAGAAAUUUGGUGGAAAACCCACAAUCUUAGUGGCGUUAUUAGCAAAUGGAGUGAUAUGUCUUCUGGUGCCCAUGCUAGCUGCUUGGGGUGGGUGGAGAUUCGUAUGUGCUGCAAGAGUAGUAAUUGGGCUUACUCAGUCAUUUACGCUGCCAGCAUCACAUACAUUACUCGGGCAGUGGCUUCCAGCAAGUGAAAGAACUAAUUGUACUACUAUUGUUUUUGGAGGCACAAAGGUGGGAGUUAUAGCUGCUAUGGCUUUAUGUGGAAUCCUUGCUGAGAGUGCUUUAGGAUGGAAAUUGAUUUUUUAUUCAAUAUCUGGAAUGGUGAUGUUGCAAUCGAUAGCCUGGUAUAUACUAAUGGCCAGUAGUCCUAGAGAACAUCGCUGGAUAACAGAAGAAGAAAAGGAAUACAUAGAAGCUGGUCUAAAUAUUUCUGAAUCUAAAAAAACAAUAACACCGUGGAGGCACAUUUUAAGAUCGAAACCAGUAUGGGCCCUUCUCGCACCACAGGUUGGAUUCGCUAUCUGCUUCACAUUCUUCUUGACUGAUGCGCCGACUUACUUAGAUAAAGGUCUUGGGAUUUCCCUCAAGAGUAGUGCCCUCCUCGCGUCUUUACCGUAUGUGGGGAUGUGGGCUAGUAGCACCGCUGCCGGUUAUGCUUCUGAGAAGUUUUAUAACAAAGGAUUGUUACAACUGACAACUUGCAGAAAAUUGUUUCAGUCGAUUUCAUUCUUUGGAGUUGCAAUCGGGCUUUUAGUACUUUCUUUCUUGGACUCGGAAAAGAAAUCAUGUGCUGUAAUAUGUCUUAUAAUAUCUCUGACCGUGUUCGGAGCAAGUACAGCUGGUUUUGUAGUCAACCAAUUGGAUCUAUCGCCUAAUUAUGCUGGUGUCAUAAUGUCGCUCCAUAACUUCUUCUCCACUAUGGGUGGUGCUAUUAUACCAAUUUUGACGAGUGCCAUUUUACAAAAUGAUCCGACCAAUAUUAGUCGAUGGCGAUUGGUGUUUCUAAUGAUAGCGGGUAUAACACCGUGCACUGGUGUGAUCUAUCUGAUCUUCGCUACAAGUGAACGACAGCCAUGGGAUGAUCCUAAAUAUGUAGAGACAUUACAAGCUGAUCGAGAACAAUUGGCUCCAGUUUUAGAAAACGAUAUGACCACAAACAAAGAUGCUGCAAAAACAAUUGACGGAGAACUAUGA